AUGACCGCAUACGGCAUGUCGAAGGCUGCCGUUAGUUGGGCUGCCAGCCGGAUCCGUCGUGAGGAAGAUCGGCUGGUUGUGAUCGCGAUGCAGCCAGGCUGGGUUGGGACUGCCAUGGGGAACAAAGCCGCUGCAUUUGCGGGAUUGUCACCCAGUGAUGUUCCCGUGAGUAUUCAAGACAGUGUAAGCGGGUUGAUGAGGUUCUUCGACAUGGCGGACAAGGAAACACAUAGUGGGAAGUUCUGGGACCAAGGGGGGCAAGCAGGUGCCGUGGUAGAGAGGUACUCCCGGGAUGGCUAUUCUCAAUGGGGAGUCACCGAGGGAGCACGAAAUGGGCGGCUGCAGGAAGUGCAACAUCGAAAUGAAACGACUUAA